AUGUACAAGUCACACGUCCUCACGACGCCAACAUCAAUCCGUCUUCUGGACAUCAUUGAGUCCCGGGACGGCAUAGUUCGUUGCUCCAUGCGGGUAGUCGACCUGAGCGAUGAGAGCCUCGAGUUUGCCGCCGUCUCAUACACCUGGGGCAACCCUACAACAGUCCACGAAGAACCCAUGCCCGAUAUCGAUGGUUUGACAUUCGAAGAGCACGCCAAUCAACUACCCUUCGCCUAUUACAGUCCAGAACUGGGACCCGAUGGCGACAAACUGGUAAUGGUUGAUAGGGCCAAGCUUCUAUACUACGAUAUGCACCGCAAUGUCCCUCGUGAAGAGGUGCUUUGGCAAAAGCGCACGCAUCACGAAAUCGAAGUCGAUGGGAUUCGAGUACCCAUAGAGGAGAAUCUCUUGUCGUUCUUCCAAUCGGUACUGAAACUACGAGCUGCGAUUGUUCCAAACCCAGGCGAGCCGGAGAGUUCAACCUACCGCUCAAUCAACCUGCCCAUCUGGGCUGAUGCACUCUGUAUCAAUCAAGCAGACCUGGACGAACGAGCUGCCCAAGUCAAGCUCAUGGGGCGUUUAUACAAAUCAGCGAGUAUAGUGCUUGCGUGGGUCGGUAAAUACGACAGGCUUUCAGAACUCGCGAUAGAAGCAAUGGGAAUGAUUCUUGAUUUCGACGCGACUCGCCUUCACGCACAAGACUCACAUUACGCAGAACAAGAGGAAGUGACCAUGUCCUCGGUCCCGGGGAUGACAGUGGUGCACUGGUUCGCCCUCUUUUCCCUCUUCCAAAGACUCUGGUUUCGUAGAGCUUGGGUUGUUCAGGAGGUUGUCUUUGCCCGAGACAUUUUAAUGGUUUGUGGCGCGACACUGCAGAGCAUGGACUUCAUCUUGGCGGUCGCUGCAUUUCUGGAACAGACGGGGCUGGAUAUUGAGCUAUGUAAGUUUGGGCACAACUUCCUCACCAAUCGAGCUGUGUCGGACCAGGCUCAACAUUGGGAGAAACUGUCAUGUCUCUCUGGACACCUAGCGAGGACGACAAACGAGUUGAAGGUCACUCCGCGGGAUGCUCUUUCUUUUAUCCUCGGUUAUCAUCAUACUCGCUCGCGUCUUGGGCUCUGUAACGCUGGCUUGCCCAUGGUCACUCUAGUUCCAGAUGAGGGAAACAACAGACCAUCUGAUACAGGUCGAUGGGCCCUAGAACUUCCCGAAGUUACCCACCUCGCCGAUCACGAUAUAGUGGAGUCUUUCAGCGAGGAGCUGGGUAUACCUGGUUUCAGAUUUGAACGCCGAAAGCUACACUUACUCUCCGUCCUCUCCGACUUCAGAGAACUCGAGGCUACCGAUCCUCGAGACAAGAUUUUCGCCUUUCUUAACCUUGCUGAGGACGGGCUCGGAUUACAGCCAGACUACAAUGCCGACGUCAAAGAGGUCUUCAUCCGAGCCACCAAGACCAUGAUACAGAAACGUAUUGGUUCGCACCUUGCGGUUCUAUCGCAUGUGCAAGACUUUUCAGACACUAGGAUCCAAGGCCUUCCCAGCUGGGUGCCCGACUUUAGCGCUAGGUUGGGACGGGUUCCGUUCGACCAAGGCGGGCAUGAUGACCGUUUCUGCGCCGGAACUCACCAUGAUGUCGAUUUCGACGACUGGAUCAUCCACAUUGACCCCGGCAAUAACCUCAGCGUCAAGGGCAUCAAAGUGGAUAAUGUCUCCAUAUCCACAGAGCUGAACCAAGAUCCAGUCAUCCAAGCUCUACGACUGGCAUUGCAUAGUCCAGCCAAAUAUCCUGUCCAGGCCAGAGCGUGGUGUGUGGAGGACACCACGGGCCAUAGCUCAAGACGCUACAUCCGCCCAUCACAAGCGAUGACUCGGGUUGAAGCCCUAUGGCGUACGCUCGUCAUUGAUAAACUGACCGAGAUGGAAGACGACUUCAGCAGUAUGGACUCAAGAGAGAACCUAGGGGAAGGUUUCAGCAACUGGAUUUUGACGGACAUGCUAGAGGCUCGCGACUUGAUUGUUGAGUGGUCUGGGGUGAUGUCGGAAUCGUGGGCAUGGGAACUGAUCCAGAAGUCGUUCACUACCCGCUUGGCUCUCUGGUCGGCUAUGUAUGACGGACGGCAACUGUCCGAUGAACUACAGGUGUUAGAUCUUGGGGAAGCCCUAGGUGAUCUUACUGAAAAGAUGGGAAAGGAAAUGGGAAAGUCGAGCAAAGAAGGAGAAGAGGGGGAGGAAGGAAGUGAGGAGAGCGAAAAGGUAACACAAGAAGAGGAUGAGCAGGAGGGGGAGAAAGACGGAGAAACAGAAGAGAAAUUACCUGGCAAAGGGAAACGUGACAGCGAAGGCAAGCAUGGAGCCAAUACUUCCUGGGAAACGGGGUUCCUUCCUUCGGCGCGCCGCAUCCGAGAAAGCUUUCCAGCUCCUCCAGUCGAAGAAGACGAACAAGACAAGGACCCUUUGGGAGGCAAAUAUAAGCGGCCUUCUAUGAAACGGCUCACUCCGCUGGGACGGAGAAAGCUCCGCAACUUUGAGAAACACGUGCGCAAUGCUACCCAGGGUCGGAAACUCUUCAUGACAGAAUCGGGGCUGCUCGGCCUGGGACCCAAGACUCUCGGCCAGGGGGCCAGCAAGGAUGAAGUAUGGAUCUUGAUCGGUGCUCGAGUGCCCUUUAUUCUACAUCAUAUCGAAGAUUGCAAGUAUCGGGUUGUAGGUGAGACAUAUGUUCAUGGAGUGAUGUAUGGGGAGGGGUAUGAUCGCUAUACGGGCUGGGACGAGUACGGGUGUAGUGGCGUGGAUACGAUAAAGUUGGUCUAG